UGAAAGAAAGUAUUAGAUUCUUUGCUUCAAAGCACCAAAACUAAUUCCUCCAGAAACAAACCCAACCCGCCCCUAAUGAAAUAGUAGUUUCCUUAGAGAUCCCAUAAUGAGAAACCAUCCAAAGACCCGACCAAGCCAAUAAAUAACCCCCACGCGCCCCUUCCACCUGAAUUUCAGUGCAAAAUCCAACCAACAUUUCACCAAAUCUUCCUCAAACUCUCUCUCUCUCUCUCUCUCUCUUCCCCUGCAGAUACGAUCAUACUUCACUAUCACUGGCGUAAAGUAACACCAACAUUUUGUAGGAACAAAGGAAAGGAAAAAACAGCAACAACCCUUCAAACUUUGACAUAAACUGCAACAGUUCUCUCCUGUCUGUAAUCUUUUCCAGGCAACACACAGCAGUGUUUUACAGACAGAAGAGAGAACUGGGUUGUUUUCAUUUUUGUUUAAUUCAAAUAUUUAUGUGGAGAGAACGAUAUUGUAACAGUAAACCUGGGAAAGUCCGGGGAGUAUUUCUUCGAGGGGAUAUUUGAUUGCAUCCAUGAGAUCACUGCGGCCUUUGCUUUGUCUAGGAUGAGCGAGUCUGCUUAUAGAGUCGAAACCACUGCUCGCCUUGCUCAAUGGAGGAUAGACAAUUUUGCUUCCUGCAAUUACCGCAAAUCCGAUCCUUUCAAGAUCGGCAAGUGGAAUUGGCAUUUGUUGGUCGAGAGGAACAGGGUUUUGUCUGUUAAAUUGUACCCGGAGAUAUCAAAUCUAACAAGAGAAAAUCCUCCAAUUGCAUCCUUCAUCAUCCGCGUUGUCUGCUCUACAGGGGAUCGGAGGGCUUUCACUCAUCCAGAAAUAACAGACAAACAGCUGAAGAUCAAUGACGAUUUCGUCUGGCAGAUUGAGGUUCCUUUAACAGGGAAAUUCAUUAUUGACGUUGAGUUUCUUGAUCUGAAGACUGCAUCUCCAAACGGUGGGGAACCUUGCUCCAUAUGGGCUGAAGGGUUCACAGAAAAGCAAUCAAAUGCAACAGCUCUUGCAUGCCUUGGUCGAAUGUUAACAGAAGGCAUCCACACAGACAUCAUCAUCAAUGCUUCUGAUGGAAGCAUUGGAACCCAUCGUGCAGUUCUUGCUGCAAGAUCACCUGUUUUCCGCAGCAUGUUUUCACAUAACCUGAAAGAGAAAGAACUGUCAACCAUAAACAUCUCUGACAUGUCCAUUGAAGCUUGUCAGGCUUUCCUCAGUUACAUUUACGGAAACAUCAAACAUGAAGAAUUUCUGACUCACCGACUGGCACUUCUCCGGGCAGCUGAUAAGUAUGAUAUCGCGGACUUGAAAGAAGCAUGCCACGAGAGUCUCCUGGAAGAUAUUGAUACAAAGAAUGUUCUUGAAAGGCUCCAAAAUGCAGCUUUGUAUCAGCUGCCAAAACUGAAGUCCAGUUGCAUGAGAUAUCUUGUGAGGUUUGGUAAAAUAUAUGAUAUUCGAGAUGAUUUUAAUGCUUUCCUGCAAUGUGCAGACAGGGAGCUGAUAGCUGAUGUCUUUCAUGAAGUUCUAAACACCUGGAAAGGAUUCUAAGAUUCCACCAUUGUGUAAAGAACAAAGGAAGUAUGUUUUAAGUCAGUGGUAUUUAUAGCACCCCAUGAAGAUUUUAGAGUGCAGGGUUUCUGUAAAGAUGAUUCUUUUGUUCAGAUGGAAUUCAUGUCUCCAUGUACAUAGGUAUUGGUUUCCUUUGACAUGAACAUACUAUCCUUGUUAACAGAAAUUCAGGAAUACAAUAUGAUUUGGUUGAAACUUGAAAA